AAUUCCAUGUUAAUCACUCCGAAUCCAGAGUGUGACUUAAUCAUCUAAAAUUAGCCCAAUUACCAGAUUUCCAAGUAUGUGAUACCAUAUUAUACAACCUAUGCUACAUUUCUUACCAUAUAUGUAAUGCAAACAAUUCAUACGACUUUCACUGUAAUCCCAAACGUUUCCCCAUUCCUGAAGGAAAUCAGUGGAUCAUACUAAUUAGAGGAAUGGAAAUCAAGCAGAUGAAGGAUAAUGUACAGCCUUGUGUCAUGACAAGCAUAAAUAAAUAUGACUGAUCCGUCUGAGGUCACAUGACUCAGCCAUGAUUCUCAAAGGCAAACGCUUGCGCCGGCAUUUCACUUCAGAUGGGCUCCGAAUUGUAAUGCACUGGCUCCUUUUUACAUAACUGCUAUUCCGCAAGCCCACAUUUUGCACAGUAUUGUAACAUAAACGGAAAUAAUUAGCACACUGUACCCCACUUGUUCACCAGUAACAUGCAAACAUUUAUCAGUAUGAAUUACAAUAAAGGCUACAAGAGAAGAACAAACAUGUGAGCUCUGGGAGGCAUCCAGAUUAUUCCAUAAGAUGUAAAUGGAGCGAGUUACUGCAUAAACAACAAUGCAUGAACCCAUUCUCAUGGAAAACCAGUCUGAUGAGAGACAGAGACAGAGAGAGACUGUACAUGCAGUUUUUAUGAGAUCUGCACAAAGAAAACGACAAAACCAACAGACGUGCGGUAAACAGUUGGCUGAGAAAAAUGGGAGACUGUGAGUGAGAAAGAGAAACGGAGGGAGAAAUAUCGAGCUGCUGCAGUAUCCUUACACUGUUGAGCCUUGGACUGCGUGACUGACUGGUGUGUGGUGAGAGAGAGAGAGAGAGAGAGAGAGAAGAAGGGAGGGGGGAUGGGAAGGAUCUGGCUUGGAUGAGGAGCAAGCAGUCAGGCAAGCAGCAGCAUCAUCUCUUUUGUGGCGUGCUGCUGAGGGAACUGGCCGCCCAGAGCCGUGUAGGGCGCUUACUCCUCGCAGGCGCGCACAGCGCCACCGCCUCUCCCGCACUGGCCGCCGCAGGGACAGCCUCCUUCACAGGCGUAGCACCGCUUGUUGCAGCGGCACCAUGGCGCAAGCCGCUAAGCAGCUCCGCAAGAACAAGGACCUACAGGAGCUCGCAGCCCAAGAGCUGCGAGAGAAGGAGGAGGAGAAGAACAAGAAGAGGAACCGAUCGAGAGACCGCAGACGCAAGGCUCAUGUGGUUCAGCGCUGGCUUGUGCAUCAGGACAGUAGUUUGAGUGGAGAGGGUUCGUCGGAGCCUCAAGGUGGAAGAGCGGAUACAACAACCAGUUUUCUCCGUGCUGCACGCUCAGGUAAUCUGGAAAAGGCUCUGGACCAUAUCAAAAAUGGAAUAGACAUCAACAUAGCCAAUCAGAAUGGGCUUAACGGGUUGCACUUGGCCUCCAAAGAAGGCCAUGUUAAGAUGGUGCUGGAGCUGCUGCACAAUGGCAUUGAUCUGGAGACUAACACAAAGAAAGGGAAUACCGCCCUUCAUAUUGCUGCUCUGGCCGGUCAAGAGAAAGUGGUUGCAGAACUGAUAAAUUAUGGUGCCAACGUCAAUGCCCAGUCUCAGAAAGGUUUCAGCCCCUUGUACAUGGCAGCGCAGGAGAACCACCUGGAAGUGGUGAAAUAUCUACUUGAACAUGGAGCCAAUCAGAGUCUUCCAACCGAGGAUGGCUUUACUCCUUUGGCAGUAGCUCUUCAACAGGGUCACGAGAACGUGGUGGCCCUCCUUAUAAACUACGGCACCAAGGGCAAAGUGCGUCUGCCUGCCCUGCACAUCGCAGCACGCAAUGACGACACGCGCACUGCUGCCGUACUGCUGCAGAACGACCCAAACCCAGACGUCCUCAGCAAAACCGGCUUUACUCCCCUCCACAUCGCAGCCCAUUAUGAGAAUCUCAGUGUCGCACAGCUUUUGUUAAACAGAGGAGCCAACGUGAACUUCACGCCGAAGAAUGGCAUCACGCCAAUACACAUCGCUUCCAGGAGGGGGAAUGUUAUUAUGGUGCGACUUCUGUUGGACAGAGGAGCUCAGAUAGAUGCCAAGACAAAGGAUGAGCUGACGCCACUGCAUUGUGCAGCCAGGAACGGUCAUGUACGUGUGGUGGAGAUCCUGCUAGACCAGGGCGCUCCCAUUCAGGCCAAGACCAAGAAUGGUCUAUCUCCCAUCCACAUGGCAGCACAGGGCGAUCACAUGGACUGCGUGAGGCAGCUGCUGCAAUACAACGCAGAGAUCGAUGACAUCACCCUCGACCACCUGACCCCGCUGCAUGUUGCAGCACACUGUGGGCACCACCGCAUGGUCAAGGUGCUGUUGGACAAGGGGGCAAAAGCUAAUGCCCGCGCUCUGAAUGGAUUCACUCCAUUGCACAUUGCCUGCAAGAAGAACCACAUGCGGUCCAUGGACCUUCUGCUGAAGCACUCGGCAUCUCUGGAGGCCGUGACUGAGUCGGGUCUGACUCCACUUCAUGUGGCUGCAUUCAUGGGGCAUCUCAACAUAGUGAAGAGUCUUCUUCAGAGAGGAGCUUCACCCAACGCUUCUAAUGUGAAAGUAGAAACCCCUUUGCACAUGGCUGCCAGAGCGGGGCACUGUGAGGUGGCUCAGUUCCUGCUACAGAACAAUGCACAGGUGGAUGCCAAAGCAAAGGAUGAUCAAACCCCCUUGCACUGUGCCGCUCGAAUGGGACAUAAGGAGUUGGUGAAGCAGCUCUUGGAACAUAAGGCCAAUCCAGACUCGGCCACCACGGCAGGCCACACCCCUUUGCACAUCGCUGCCCGCGAGGGACACGCCCAAACCACACGCAUCCUGCUCGACGGGAAUGCCCAACAAACCAAAAUGACCAAGAAAGGAUUUACCCCUCUUCAUGUAGCAUGUAAAUAUGGGAAAGUGGAUGUGGCGGAGCUGCUUUUGGAAAGAGGGGCCAAUCCCAAUGCAGCCGGGAAGAAUGGCUUGACCCCUCUGCACGUGGCCGUCCAUCACAACAACCUUGAUGUUGUCAAGCUGCUGGUCAGCAAGGGCGGCUCUCCACACAGCACGGCGAGAAACGGCUACACAGCCCUGCAUAUUGCAGCCAAACAGAACCAACUGGAAGUGGCGAGCAGUCUGCUGCAGUAUGGAGCUAAUGCCAACUCAGAGUCACUACAGGGCAUCACCCCGCUUCACCUGGCGUCACAGGAAGGUCAACCUGACAUGGUGGCUCUUCUCAUUUCGAAGCAAGCCAAUGUGAACCUGGGCAACAAGAAUGGACUGACACCUCUGCACCUGGUUGCUCAGGAAGGGCAUGUGGGCAUUGCAGACAUGCUGGUGAAGCAGGGUGCUUCGGUCUAUGCAGCUUCAAGGAUGGGCUACACACCUUUACAUGUGGCAUGCCACUAUGGGAAUAUAAAGAUGGUGAAGUUCUUACUCCAGCUGCAAGCACACGUUAACAGCAAGACCAGGUUGGGAUACACUCCUUUACAUCAAGCAGCCCAGCAGGGUCAUACAGACAUCGUCACCCUGCUGUUGAAACAUGGAGCACUACCUAAUGAGAUCACCACUAAUGGGACGUCACCCCUGGGUAUCGCUAAGCGGCUAGGCUACAUCUCUGUCAUUGAUGUGCUCAAACUGGUGACUGAGGAAUCUGUAUCUGUGAUCACCACUGAGAAGCAUCGCAUGAGUUUCCCAGAGACGGUGGAUGAAAUACUGGAUGUGUCGGAAGAUGAAGGAGUUGCUCAGCUAACAUUAGGUGAUGAACUUCUCGGGAUGGAUGGGGCUCGCUAUUUGAAGCUGGAUGACCUAAAAGACCAGGAUGAUGAUUUUCUGUCCCCCAAGAAAACCCUGAGGGAUUUUGAGAGCGGGAUGGGCACAACACCUUACUCACCCGCAAUUCCCAGAAUUCCAUGUGUGUCACCUGAAACUGUCAUGUUGGACCAGCACACACCUGUCCCUUUGCCAAAGGAGUAUGACGAGGACUCUCUAAUCCCAAGUAGUCCAGCCACAGAGACCUCAGACAACGUUAGCCCAGUGGCCAGCCCCAUCCACACUGGGUUUCUGGUCAGUUUCAUGGUGGAUGCGAGAGGCGGGUCCAUGCGGGGCAGCAGGCAUAAUGGUCUGCGUGUGAUCAUCCCGCCACGCACCUGCGCUGCACCCACACGCAUCACGUGUCGUCUGGUCAAACCACAGAAACUCACCACCCCACCUCCUCUAGUGGAGGGAGAGGGACUCGCAUCUCGUAUUAUCUCUCUAGGGCCUUCCAGUAUGCAGUUUCUAGGGCCAGUGAUAGUGGAGAUCCCUCAUUUUGCUUCCUUGAGCCGAGGUGAUCGGGAACUAGUGGUUCUGCGAAGUGAGAAUGGCUCCGUAUGGAAAGAGCAUCGGAAUCGCUAUGGCGAUGAUGUUCUGGAGACCAUCCUAAAUGGAAUGGAUGAAGAUCUGGAAAAUCAGGAGGAGCUGGAGAAGAAAAGAAUCCGGCGCAUAAUCUCCACAGACUUCCCUCUUUACUUUGCUGUGGUGUCACGUGUCCAACAAGAGAGCGAUCUUAUUGGCCCAGAGGGAGGUCAGCUGAUGAGUAAGCUGGUGCCUCAGGUCCAGGCCAUUUUCCCCGACACGGCGGUCACUAAGAGGGUCCGUCUUGGCCUACAGGCCCAGCCAAUUCCUGAUGAGCUCCUGACUCGGCAAUUAGGAAACCAGGCCACAUUCAGUCCUGUUGUGACAGUAGAGCCUCGUCGGCGCAAAUUCCAUCGACCAAUUGGGCUGCGUAUCCCUUUACCUCCAUCUUGGAGAGAGAGUGCACGUGAUGCCGGCGAAGGAGACACUACUAGCCUCCGCCUCCUCUGCAGUGUUAUUGGUGGCACCGCUCCAGCUCAGUGGGAAGACAUCACUGGCACUACCAAGCUCAUGUAUUCCCACAACUGUGCCAACUUCACCACCAAUGUGUCUGCAAGGUUCUGGCUGGCGGACUGUCCACGAACGGCAGAGGCCGUGACCUUCGCCAACCUGCUGUACCGUGAGCUGAUGUCAGUUCCAUACAUGGCCAAAUUUGUUGUAUUUGCUAAGAUGAACGAUGCCAGAGAGGGCCGCCUGCGCUGUUACUGCAUGACUGAUGACAAAAUAGACAAAACCCUUGAGUUGCACGAGAACUUCUCCGAGGUGGCCCGCAGCAGGGACAUUGAGGUGAUGGAGGGGAUGCCGCUCCACUUAGAAUGUUCUGGAAAUCUGGUGCCCGUGAGGAAAGCAACCCAGCAGCCUCGUAGCUUCAGUUUCCAGGCCUUCAGAGACAACCGGCUACCUGUCUCUGUAAAGGUGAGAGACGGCAAUAAGGAAGCCACCGGGUUCCUGUCCUUCCUGCGCAAGUCCACCAAGUACGAGGACACGCAACACGUGCUGUGCAACCUCAACAUCACCAUGCCUCCCUGUGUCAAGGUGGUGGGUAGCGAUGAGCGGCGGAGAACGUUGACCCCUCUUGCCCUGAGGGAGAGGUACAGCGCCCUGAACGAGUCCAGCCUGGCCACUGUAAAUGUCAUGGAGAGAACCGAGCUAAAGAUCACAGUAAUAGCAGAACAGCUUGGACUGAGCUGGACCGAACUUGGGAGGGAAUUACAGUUCAGUGUGGAUGACAUUAACCGGAUGAGAGUGGAGAAUCCCAACUCUCUCCUGGACCAGAGUUUGGCUCUGCUCAACCUGUGGGUUAGUCGAGAGGGCAAGAAAGCCAAGAUGGAGAACCUUUAUGGAGCGUUGAAGAACAUUGACCGGGCAGAUAUUGUGAAGUGUCUGGAGGCUCAGGCUCCACAGGGUCUUCCCGAGGCGGUGGAGGAAGGAGCCUGCAGGCUGGAUGAUCGGGACUCCACUCUGCUUUCACCAAGUGUCAUCAAUGGUUACGGGCUGGUGCAGGAGGAGCUGCUCUCCCCCGCUUCUAUGCAGUACAGCCUACCCUCCCCGCUCGGCACGGAGCCCUACUGGCAGGAGGUGUCAAGCCUGGAGUGUGCGCCCAUAGCCACCACUGAGGAGGACACCAUGAUGGAGAUGUCGGAUGUACAGGUGUGGCCGGCGGGGGUCAGUCCGUCCCUGGUGACUGUGGAGGACUCAUCCCUGGACGGCAGCAGCCGUGCAGACGACUCCGAGGCCAACACGUUGAGCCUGCCCUGCAGUAGUUUGGGGAGGCCCAGCAGCGGAGCCAGCGGGGCCAGCGGCUCCAUCAUGGAGCUGGAAGAGGAGGAGGAGGAAGAGGAGCUUGAGGAAGAUGACGUACAGCACGAGCCAGUGUCCGCAAGUGCGGAAAAGGCACGGGCUAGCGGCGCCGUCCCAAAGGCUAACAACGGGCAGGCUGGAGGUCAGAGGUCGGAGGGCAAGAGGACAGAGUGGGCGGCAGGCGGCAGUGUGAUGGGUGUAACUAGAGGAGGAGGAAAGGGUGGAAAAGGGGCAAGUUCAGAGGAAAAGUUUUCUGUUCUUACAGGGCAACAGCUCUACGCUCAGUUAUGCGAGAGAACUGGACUGACCCGAGCGCUAGAACACAACGGGGACAGGCUCGGGGGCGGCGCCUUCCAGCCUUACUCGCAGGAGAAAGACCCCCUCCAAAGCUGGUCUCAACCCAAAGCCAGGCCGACCAUGGAGGCCAUGAUGUCAUCGUCCCAGGACCACAAUCAGUCCCGUGUAGCACAGGAGGCCCUGCUUACACCGGUAUGUGAUACAGGCCAUUCGGAGGUCCUGCGGGGGCGUCUGCUGGGCACUCAGCCCUUUGAUAAAGGGCUGGGCUUCUCCCGUCAUGAGGGGGAUUUACGGGCAUGGGACCAGGACAGGCGGAAGGCACAGAAAGAUGAUCCGAUAGAGAUUACCAGUGAUCAUCUACUUGAAGAGCAGUUCACUGAUGAGCAUGGGAAUGUCGUGACCAAGUUGGGUGUGGAUGUGAAGAGGGAUGUCCAGACUGUGAAGCGCUCCAGUCUGCGGAGAUUAAAGCACUGAAAUAAACACAAAAUGUCCUGAAGGGUCGAACAUCCACUGCCAAACCAACCAUCCUUCACCUACACACGAGUGGGAGACAUGGAGCGAUGAAAAAAAAAAAAAACAGCAAAAGAACAACACAUCGCACCCAAGUCCUACAGUCAAGCAACCACGGAGUGUCACUGGAAAACAAGGACGAGGCGUUCUCUACCUGUAGUUUUGUAACAUUUUUAACAGAAGAAGAUCAUACAACUAGCAUAGGGCAUGAACUUUUUAUACAAAAAACAUGAAGAAAACCACCAAAAAAAGCAACAAAAAGUGCUUCCUGUCAACUGUAAACGCAUGACUGACUGCUGGUGCAUGACCUAUGAGCUGUCAUUAUCUAAAAAACUGAAGGGGUACAAGGUAAAGGGCCGUUCCAGGACUGGCAGUGGGAAGGGGGAAACACUUGGACCUUUGAAAAUGAGAGACUCUUGGGGUUUUGGGAACACAACAGCCCAAAAAAAAAAAAAAAAAAGCAACAGUUCUUUAUUUUGUCAAACAGAUUGUCAUUACACAGCAGCAUAGUGUAUGCUAAGCCCGUCACGUCAUUUCCCACAGGCCCUUUAUCCUGUUCUUCAAUGUGAUAUAUGCACUCUAAUGCUAUGUGAAUGUGCGUCGGUGUGUGUGCGUGUGUGUGUCGGUAUCUAACGCAUGUGUACUCGCUUCUGGCUUGGUACUGAGCUGUUUUUUUCCGGAUCGGUCAGAGCUCAUUUGGUGUUUGCCAUGGGAAUGACAACAAGCCACUGUGCUCUCCUACUCGUGAGCGUCCGCGUGUGUUUAUUUCCACUUUGUUAAGCGUAUCCGUGUUCCUUUAACCAGCCACCUUUUACUUUUAAAUCUCGUUUUAAAUUCAAAUCCGAAACCUAUUCGUUUGUUGGAGGUUGCGUAGCUUUGUAUGUACAACCCCCAAAUGGCAACCUAUGGAGGGCACGUGCUUUCUCUGCCUGACAGUUCACAACUUUAACCUCCGACCUACUGACCAUCCAUUCGCCCUCAUGUGUAGCUCAGCUGCUCAACUAAAACCGUCACAGCAGACCAUUUCCAGAGACUAAUGUAGCAUUGCAUGCAGGCUAACACCGCUUUUCAUGCUGUUCUCUCGGGCCCGCACUCGGCCCGGACAUUUUUAUUGAUUUUAUAUUAUUAAUCAAGCUGUGCUGGUGAAAAAAAUACAAAACAAAAAAAACUCGAUUGUAGCUGUGACAUGUGGGGCUUGGGGACUAUCUCUGAGUAACUGCCUUUGUAAUGUUUGGGAUUUCAGAUUGAGUUAUGCGACAAGGAAGCGUUUUAAACUUUGAUGAUGCUUUUCGAUUUAUUCGUUUUGUUUGUAUGUUUUGUUUUGUUUUUUCAUUUAGAUGUACAGUUAAAAAUAGACCGAUAAAUAUACAGACAGCACUGUGAAAGUCCACCUUAAAAUUGACCCCUGAACUGUGAACUCACAACUGUCUGUCUCACUUUUUUGGCUUCUGAUGUCUCACAACACACACCAACAAGGUUUUAUUGUAACAAUGGGAAGCUUAAACUGCAACUUCAUGUUACCGGUUCCCUAUUACCGUCAUUCGCAUGUGCAUUUUCACCGUAAUUCUUUUUUUAUUUUACUAUGAAAGAGCCCAAACAUACACAAAAACUCUUGAAGUAUAGUCUACCAAAGCAAUAAUAUCAAACGUGCUGCAACAGUUGGAAUACUGCGUUGUCGUCGGUGUGCGUGCGCGUGUGUUUUUCGGUCUUCGAGCGCCUGUGUGUUCAGUGUAUACUCUAUUAACCCGACAUUUUAGUAGCAUUUGUAAGACGUAUACGAUUCAAGAGAUAUAACAGCAUGCAUGAGUAUCUCACACCGUAUGCAAUUACGUGAUCUACAUGCCAACUCGAGUUCACUGAACGGUAGCGGUUUCACUUUAAUGGACAAGGUUUUAUUGAACGGCUGGCAAGCAUAAUGAAAUCAGGUAUGGUGCUCAGCAUUUAAUCACAGCACAGUAGCUUACAUAGUCACGAGCACACCGUGAUAUACUGACUCAUGUAGUUUAAUUCGAUGGAUGUCAAUGAGUGAGUGAGCGAGUGAGUGGAUGAAUGAACUUAUCCUCCAAACUACAAACAAAUAUUUAUGGAAUGCAUGGACUAUUGGACGAAUGACAAUGAUUGUACUUUCAUAUUUAAGAAAAGUGUUUAAUCAGAUCCUAGUGUUUUUGUUUAGUCAAUGAAAUGAGUGUGCUUUGUGAGACUGCACACUUCCCUUCUCACCAACGCAUUAAAACACUUAUGAGUUCUGCCUCACUCACUGUAUAUUGUUUUCUACUGUUCACUCAGGUUUGUGUUGACAGAUGGUUUCUCUUCCAUGAUUCUUAACAGUAAAUCCUGUGUCCACUCAAGGAGUGUAAGGAUUAUCAUGGGUGUUGGGAAGUGCGUAAUGAAGGACAUAGAUAUACCUGUUCAAUAUCUUGUCGCUGCUGUAAAUGUUGACCAAGACAAAAUUCCUGAAAACAAAGGGGGUAACGGAAGAGAAUGGUUCAUUCAUUUAUUUUUGGUUUAAGGAACAACACGAUUUGACAUUGCAAUCAUUAUGUAUUAAAAAAGAGUUUAUGUACAAUGUUUAACUGUUGCAAAAAUCUAGACUUCACCUAUACUCCUUUAGAAUGGAUUAAUGACAUUAUAAACGCAAUAUCAUAUUACUCUGUACUAAGGAAUGCAACUGCGCACAUGCACAGAAAAAGAUGUUUUUAAUAAAGAAUAUAUGUAUAAAUAUAUGACGAAUUAUAUUUAAUUAGAAUGCUAUGCACCCUUAUUAGAGUUGUUAUGGCUGUACUUUAAGUAAAUUAGUUAGAAUCCAGUAAUACGAACAUGCCCGUGUCAUGGGGAAUGUAGAGGCUUUGUUGCUAUUUAAACAUGUUUUCAUUUCCUUUUUUUUAUUUUUUUAUUAUUAUUGUAACGGAGAGAGGAAAUACGAACAUUGAAUAUGUACACAAGCCUUUUAUUCAGAAUCAUUCUAAUAUGAAGAAAUGUAUAGACCAUUUAUCCUGCACACCAGCUCAGAUCAUUUACAAAAGUUAAUAAAGAAAGAUGUGACAUAUUGUGA